AUGCAUGAGUUCGCCCUGUAUGGUCAAGUGCGCAAGGAUGACCAUCAUCGAAUGCUCCAGCAAUUAGCCGGCUUUGCACGUAUGCAGCCCCAAGAUGCCAAAGAGAUCCACCUGGUCUUCAAGGCGCGUCAGCCUCCUGGGGUCGAUCUCGUCCAGUCUAUUGGUGCAUCGCAUCUCGCCAGCCAGCGACAGCAGGAUAUCCAGCGCGUCAAGAACAUGCUCAAUGCCGGCCUGUACUAUGUCCAGCUUGUUGGAGAGGUAUUGCCGGAGAAACCGGCUCGGGUUGCAGAGAACGGCGACGUGACCAUGACAAAUGGCAGUGGUGGCCAAGCGGCGGAAAAGUCAAGCGUGAAAUGGUCCUUUGAAUUCAGGGACACUCCAGAUGCGGGAAAGCAGGCAGUGAGCUCCAGGCUGAUAUCCCGGACGCCGAUGGACGAGGGGAAUUUUAUCAGGUUUCUCGAUAAUUUUGGCUAUGACUAUGUUUCUCGCUACAUGGUUGUUGGGUCAAGGUUCUACGACCAUGACACUACUCUUUUCCUGCACCAGGUAUUACGGCUCCCCGAAGUAGGCGCGGAUGAAGCUAUCUCGGACGAAUCAUUUUCAUCCAGCAUCAAUGACCUACCCGAGUUGGAUGGCUCUGGCGGCUAUAUCCUCCAGGCAUCCAUUGAUGUGGUUGAUGGAAACAAUCCAGAGCUUAAGGAGCGAGCAACCCGACAACUAUUGGCCGUCAAGGAAGCGUUGAGGCAGGCAGUCGAUCUAACACCGGGCGAUAGAUUGUCGCUGGAUACGCGGCUGCCUAUCACUUCAGGUAGAACUUGA